GAACAUGAGGUUCCCUUGGAAGUCUUUCAGGAGGAAGAUGGAAGGGGCAGUUUAACAGAGAUUUAAAAGCAACAGCCUGCAAGACUGGGGCCUGAGGGCUGGCAGUGGAAGACUGUGUUGGGCUGUGAUCUCUCACUGAUCAGUUCCAAGUGCCUUUUUGCUUCCUGCAAAAGGAGAGAAGAGAAGGAGAAAACCAUGUCUAUCGCCUUGAAGCAGGUAUUCAACAAAGACAAGACCUUCCGGCCCAAGAGGAAGUUUGAACCUGGCACACAGAGAUUUGAGCUGCACAAACGUGCCCAGGCAUCCCUCAACUCGGGUGUGGACCUAAAGGCAGCCGUGCAGCUGCCCAGUGGGGAGGACCAAAAUGACUGGGUGGCGGUGCAUGUGGUGGAUUUCUUCAAUCGGAUCAACCUCAUCUAUGGCACCAUCUGUGAGUUUUGCACUGAGCGGACCUGCCCUGUGAUGUCAGGAGGCCCCAAAUAUGAGUAUCGGUGGCAGGAUGACCACAAAUAUAAGAAGCCGACUGCACUGCCAGCGCCGCAAUACAUGAACCUUCUUAUGGAUUGGAUCGAGGUCCAGAUCAACAAUGAGGACAUCUUCCCAACGUGUGUGGGUGUUCCUUUCCCAAAGAACUUCCUUCAGAUCUGCAAGAAGAUCCUUUGCCGCCUUUUCCGUGUCUUCGUCCAUGUCUACAUCCACCACUUCGACCGAGUCAUUGUGAUGGGUGCAGAGGCCCACGUCAACACCUGCUACAAACACUUCUAUUACUUCGUCACAGAGAUGAACCUCAUAGACCGCAAGGAGCUGGAGCCCUUGCUUGUGAUUGUGCUAUGA